UUUCCUCAAGCCCCUUCGCUCCUUCUGUCCCUGAGUCCAGUUCCGGAAUCCUUUGUGAGUUUGAGAAUUCCUUUGGUCGCCUGCCACCUGCCACGCCGGCAAAAGAGUACAUGUCAAGCAGCUCCACUACUCUGUCACUAGCUCUUUCAUUGUCCAUUUAUUUCUUCGUAUACGUACCGCUCCGUACACAGUGUUGGGGAGGAAGCAGGGUACCUGGAGGACUUGGUCCACUUGGGCACGAGGAGGUAGCCUCGAAUAGGACGGCUGGGACCGGGGUACUAGGGCCAGGGGUCGGUCGGAGGAGCACCUGCGCUUGCUGCCGACCGGGGCCGGGCCCCCUUGCACGAGUCCACGACUCCUACCGUGGUGCAGCACUCACCCGCGACGAUCGGCCGUAUCGCACAAGAGCGGUCGGUGCAAUCAAGCGAGUCAGAAGAGAGAAGCCCUCUUGGUUCCUUUUGCUGGCGUGUCUGGGCAUCUUCUGGGCGCGGAGUAAUGGGGAACUUGCCACUUGGGAAGGCCUGAUGCCACCUACUUGUAUGGUUCGCUGCUGCGAGUCGCCAGAAUCAGGACGGGAUUGUCUGGAGCAAACUUAGGAAGGAGGGGGGAUGACUGAGAGAAAUAAGGACAGCACGGAUACCUGAGGUAAGGUUGGUGUGAAUGGGCUGCUGGAUAUGAGGAAGGAGAAGAGUCUGGAGGGGAAAGCGGGAAGGGGUCAUGUUCUCCUAAACCAGAAGCCACGCCGAGCUGAGUGAGCCAAGGGCUCAAGACCACGCAAACUCCUUUUCCUGGUGGCGUUGGCUCUUUCUUUGCCUCGCUGCCCUGUCCUGCCCUUUGCCUGCACUGUGUCUCAUCGUGACAAACACGACCG